UUUUUAGUUCCUAGCAUUCAGAUAGAGAUUUUGGCUAUGUGUGUCCUAAGUGGUGGUCAGAGAAGAUGAGAUACUGUGUUACCAUGGCGACAUACUGUAGCCUGCCCUUUCUCUGCCCAUCCAGCAAAUACACAGAAAGCACAGCCGUUAGGUGGAGCACAGUGAAGCCUUGUAUUGAAUUAUUCAAAUCUACCAGUGAUCUCCCAGAGAGUAAGUGAAUCUGCAGAGGCGGGGAGCCAAGUGAGGCUCACACUGGUGUCGGUUUCGAUGUACUCAUCGACUAAAGGGUACCUCUUGGCAUUGAACUGUCGGCUUCACCUGUGUCAGCAGAGGGAAGCUCAGCUGUACAUCCAGACCAUGGCAAACACAAAUACAUGGGCACACAAGACAAAAAAAGCAAAUGUCAGACAGUUAAUCUGUAAAGAAUAUAACAUGAAUACCUAUGUGAAAGACUUCUAAUCUAACUUCAGUAACUGCUACACUACUGUUCUCUUUCCUCAGAGUUCACUGGGCAGUUUAUUUAAUUACCUGCCAUCUAUAAAAGUUGUCUGAUUUGGUUCUCUCAGUCUUCUGCUAUCCCAUGAUACCUCCCAGCAGGGCCUGGCUGCAGAGGUAUGGCUACCUCCCUUUCACUGACCCUCAAAUGUCAGUCCUGCGAUCAGCUCAGUCUAUGCACUCGGCUAUUGCUGCCAUGCAGCACCUCUAUGGCCUCAAUGUUACUGGGAUGCUGGACAGGACUACUAUCGAUGAUGUCACACUGAGAUGGAUGAAGAAGCCCCGGUGUGGAGUGCCGGAUCAGAUGAGUGGCGCCUCCAAGCUCAACGUCCGUCGGCGGCGUUACGCCCUCACAGGCCAGAAAUGGCAGCACAAGCACAUCACCUACAGCAUAAAGAAUGUGACCCCCAAGGUAGGAGUGGUGGAGACUCACAAUGCCAUCCGGCGCGCCUUCGAUGUGUGGCAGAGCGUGACCCCACUGCGCUUUGAGGCUAUUCCCUACAGUGCCCUGGAGAACGGCAAGCGAGACGUGGACAUUACAAUCAUAUUCGCCUCGGGUUUCCAUGGCGACAGCUCACCCUUUGAUGGGGAGGGGGGCUUUUUAGCACAUGCCUACUUCCCAGGACCUGGCAUUGGGGGGGACACGCACUUUGAUUCUGAUGAGCCAUGGACGCUAGGAAACCCCAACCAUGACGGAAAUGACCUUUUCCUGGUUGCUGUGCAUGAGCUAGGCCAUGCCUUGGGCCUAGAGCACUCCAACGACCCUACAGCUAUUAUGGCGCCCUUCUACCAGUACAUGGACACGGAGCACUUCAAGCUGCCUUAUGAUGAUCUGCAGGGGAUUCAGAAAAUAUAUGGUCCACCAGACAAGAUUCCCCAGCCGACACGGCCACUGCCAACUGCCCCUCCUCCACGAUCAAAUCCCCCCUCAGAGCCCCGUAAACAUGACCGCCAGACUCGUCCCCCGAGGUUGCCCACAGGAGACAAGCCUACUUACCCCAAUACUAAGCCUGACAUCUGUGAUGGUGGCUUCAACACUCUGGCCAUCCUGCGCAGGGAGAUGUUUGUGUUCAAGGAUCAAUGGUUCUGGCGGAUCAGAGACAAUGCUGUGAUGCCUGGGUAUCCCAUGCAGAUCUCCUAUUUCUGGCGGGGUCUGCCUCCCAAAAUUGAUGCAGUGUAUGAGAACAGCGAGGGCAAGUUUGUCUUCUUUAAAGGGAACCGGUUCUGGGUGUUCAAGGACACGAUGCUCCAGCCAACCUACCCACAGGACAUAUCAAUGUUUGGGAAUGGGAUGCCCAUACAGAACAUCGAGACGGCCGUAUGGUGGGAGGAUGUGGCCAAGACCUACUUCUUCAAGGGAGACAGGUACUGGCGAUACAAUGAGGAAAUGAGGACCAUGGACCCAGGUUACCCCAAAUCCAUCACCAUUUGGAAAGGGGUCCCAGUGUCCCCUCAAGGGGCUUUCGUGGAUAAAGCCAAUGGGUUCACCUACUUCUACAAGGGCAAGGAAUAUUGGAAGUUCAACAACCAGAAGUUGCGUGUGGAGCCGGGAUACCCCAGAUCCAUUCUAAAGGACUUCAUGGGCUGCGAGGUCUCCAUGGACUCUGACCAGGAACGAGACCGUGAGCAGCGCCCACCACCCAAGGAGGAUGUGGAUGUGGUUAUCAAGCUGGACAAUACAGUGGACACAGUGAGGGCGGUGGCCAUCACUAUCCCCUGCAUCUUGGCCCUUUGCCUGCUGGUGCUGGUCUACACUGUCUUCCAGUUUAAGCGGAAGGGCACUCCCCGGCACAUACUGUACUGCAAGCGCUCCAUGCAAGAGUGGGUAUAAGAAUGCAGCUCUCCACCAGACUGGGUGGGUUAUCUGCAUCGACUGGGGACAGAGACUACACCCCCUUCCAUUUCAGAGGAGGGGCAGCAGACCUGUGCAUAAUGCCCCACACACCUCCACUCCCAUAAGGGGACAGGUGUAUUACCACCCCUUAAUACAUCUGCUUUGUGCAUUGAUGCAGAAAGGAGGUUUUCAGAUUGGACAGGUCCCAUCAUGUGCCAGGGUGCUUUACAACAGACCAGGUCUUUCUUUGGCUGAACAAAGCUGUCAAGUUUGUAUGUACAUUUUAUUCCUGUCACACACGUUUGUGAACGCCCAGCAAAACUAUAAAAUUACUAGUUACAAACUUACUUCCCCUUUAACCAUCUUUUCUGAAUAAUAUAUUUAUCUUCGUAGUUAUUUUCUAGAAUCCCUUUAAAUUCAGAGGAAGACACCCAAACCAAAUAUUUUCCCCUCCUAAGACGAUGACUCUUAAAAUAAAUUUAUUUAUUUAUUUAUUUAUUUAUUUAUUUAUUAGCUUUUAGCAACUCUUGAUCCUCUGCAGUGCGUGGGAGUCAGGGACUUUGACUGUUGUGGCAGUUUGUCUCAAAACAGGGGCCAAAAUUUCUCGGCAAUAUUUUUUAACAGCCUUAAUUAGAGAUGGUGUCCUUUUAUUUUUGCUUAAUUUAUUGGUUGAUUGCAAAAAGUAACAGAGGCUGUGUUCGUAGCUCAGCAUUGUUUCCUUGACUGUUCUACAAAUGUCUGUUUACAGACCCCGCAGACGAAGGGCCAAAGGUCAGCCCAAAUGGUAUGUGAACAGACAAGAAGUACACGUGAAGCUUAACAAACUCAAAUGAAGGUCUGAGCACUACUUUGAAAGAGACUCAGAUGGGUGUAGCAUUAUGGUGUCUGACUGACACCUUGUUAGCAUGAAUGCAGAAGAAAUUAAAAUUAAAGAAAAAAAAUGAAAUUGUCUAUCAAACUGUCUUAUUAUGUUUGUGAAAACCUGCCUUUUUGUUUCCCCACUCCAGUUAACAUGCAAUGAAAAUUACCAUCAUAUUAUUUUAAAAGGGCAUUGUUGGUAAUAUUUUCUGGUUAUUCUUUCUUUAUAUCUUCCAGACAUACAUUUUUUUUGAUACUUUUAUUUCUUACUAUGUACUGAUUUUCCACAUUUCGACUGGGAAUUCAGAGGACUGGUUCUCGCUGCUCCAUGCAUGGGACCCUCCCAGCAAGUCAUGAAUCUUUGGUAAAAAGACAGACACACAGACACUGUCUGAACCGCUCGUCCCAUUUGAGGUUGCAGGGAGCCGGAGC